UAAGGAAGGAGAGAGUUCAAUUUCCCAUUUGAGAGGCUGCAGUAAUCUUUAUCUGUUGAGCAGUGUAAGUAAGAAAGAAGAAGAAGAAGAGAGGAGACAGUGGUAAUGGAGGGGUGUGUGAAACCUGCAUGGCUGGAGCGGCUGAUGGCGGAGGAGUCAUUCUUUGCCGGCUGUGGGCUCCACCAACAACGUAGGAAGAACGAGAAGAACAUUUUUUGCUUACUUUGUUGUCAAAGCUUCUGUCCUCAUUGCCUCCCUUCUCACCAAUCUCAUCCCCUUCUUCAGGUGAGAAGGUAUGUUUAUCAAGAUGUGAUUAGAUUGGAUGACCUUGAUAAGCUCAUAGAUUGUUCCUAUAUUCAGCCUUAUACAAUAAACAGUGCCAAAGUUAUAUUCUUGAAUCAGAGGGCACAGUCCAGGUCUUGCAAGGGCUCUGCCAAUUCUUGUUUUACAUGUGACAGAAUUCUUCAGGUCCCCUUUAGCUUCUGUUCACUUUCAUGCAAGGUUGAUUUUAUGGUGUAUCAUAAUCAAGAUUUGUCGAGCAUCGUGUACAAGUUUGAUGCAUCCGACAUUCCGGCAUCCCAAUUCGAGCGGCUGCGGAUGGACGGCGACGCCGAUGGCCAAAUUACUCCAAACUCCAUCCUAGAAGAUCCAUUAGACUACAAGAACUCGUCAUCUUGCACCAAUAAUGACAUGGGCAUUUCUGCGAUUUCGCACGCCUCGGAGACCACGAAUAGGAAGAAAAAGGGCGGCGGUUUCCUCCCCGGCAUCAUGCUCUCCUUGAGCAACCGGCGAAAGGGAGCCCCUUCUAGGUCUCCUCUUUCUUGAGAUUAAUUAAUUUUAAAUUGAAUUAUAUUUUAAAAAUUGUUACUCAUAAUAUAUAUAUUUAUUCUUAA